GGAGAUGGUUAAGAGCACUGGAUUACCUCUGCAUUAUCCACACUAUAUUUAAGAUCGUUUCAGAACAAAAAAGAAGUUUAAAACAACGGUUAAUAAGUUGCGAUAUGUAGAUCAUUAUAAUACAUGUUUAUUUAAACAUAACGAUCUGAUUCAAAAUUAAUAGUCGUAAUGCGUAACCAGCAGUAUUUUCCAGAGGCAAAGAAUGAUCAAAUAAUUGAAAUCCAUUUGUUAUUGUCGGUCUUUUUUGACAAGACUGACAAGUGCAAUUAUUGUGUAACAAAGCAAGCAUGAGCAUUCUCCACCUCCAAGAACACCGGUGGGCGUGGAAGAGGAAACUAGCUCUGAUCGUUUAAAUGCUGGGCAAAUUACUCUAGCUGGCCUUUUGAAACUGUAGCAAGACAGAAAGACACAAGAUGACUACCUACACGGAUAAAGGUGAAAAGCAUGAGCAGGGCAGGUUCAUCUGCUUUGACCACAUCACAUUCUGGGUUGGAAAUGCCAAACAGGCAGCAUCCUACUACUGCAACAAGCUUGGGUUUGAACCUGUGGCGUAUCAGGGUUUGGAGACAGGGAACCGUGAUGUGGUGUCUCACGUAGUGAAGCAAGGCAAGAUCCUGUAUGUGUUCUCCUCUGCCCUCAACCCUGGGAACAAAGAAAUGGGAGAGCACCUGGUGAAGCAUGGUGACGGAGCCAAAGACAUCGCAUUUACGGUGGAGAACUGUGAUUUCCUUGUACAGAAAGCCCGAGAGAGAGGUGCCAUCAUUGUGAAAGAGCCAUUUGUACUCGAGGACAAAUUCGGGAAAGUAAAGCUGGCUGUUCUCCAAACGUAUGGUGACACUACACACACAUUUGUGGAGCGAACAGGAUACAAGGGCCCGUUUCUACCAGGGUUUCAACCACCUUUACACCUGGACCCAUUGUUGGAAAAGCUGCCACGUGGACACCUCGACUUCAUUGAUCAUGUUGUUGGGAACCAGCCAGAUGAUGAGAUGGUGCCUGUGGUGGAAUGGUAUAGGAGGAACCUCAUGUUCCAUCGGUUCUGGUCCGUGGACGACAAGCAGCUGCAGACAGACUUCAGCGCUCUGCGCUCCAUCGUCGUGGCCAACUAUGAAGAGUCGGUGAAGAUGCCCAUCAACGAGCCGGCCAUGGGCAAGCGCAAGUCCCAGAUCCAGGAGUAUGUGGAGUAUUACGGGGGACCAGGUGUACAGCACAUUGCCAUGAACACAUCAAACAUCAUCACUGCAAUCCGUAAUCUGAAGGAGAGAGGGAUGGAGUUCAUGACAGUUCCGGACACAUACUACCAGCAACUGAGAGAGAAUCUCAAACGUUCCAAAGUUAAGGUCACAGAGGACCUGGACAUUCUGGAGGAGCUGAAGAUUUUAGUGGACUACGAUGAUGGUGGCUACCUGCUCCAGAUCUUCACCAAGCCGGUGCAGGACCGGCCCACUGUGUUCCUGGAAGUGAUCCAGAGACACAACCACCAGGGUUUUGGAGCCGGCAAUUUCAAGGCCCUUUUUGAGGCCAUUGAGGCAGACCAAAACGCCAGGGGGAACUUGACUAUCCUGACCCCUAAUGGAGUUAGCAAGAACCUCUGAAGCACUGACACUUCACCUGUUACUUCUCUCCUGCACACUAUAUAACAAAUGUAACUGUACAUGGGCUAUUUAUACUCAACCUUGAUGCCUGUUAACAUUGCUUUAAAGAUAUAUGCUGUAAAAAGCAUAGACAGUUCCUUGAGGAUGUGAGUUACAUAUGAAACAUAAUGCCCCAAUGCACGAUGUGAUUUAAUUGCUGCAUUAACAACAACAAAAAGUCCAAACAUGAAUUGUUUCUUACCCUAAUUGCUUUUGUACUCUUUCAAAUUUUGCUUUCAUUCUAAGUGCAUGUAAUAAAAUAUAUUACUGGA